AUGGCCACGGAAGCCGAUAGAGAAAUGGAACAGGGCGUUGGAAUGCAUCUCCUAUUGGAGGGCAGCAAGAAGUUGACUAUUGGUGUCGAUGGGCUGGAGCUUAAUGAUCCUGCUGCAAAGAAAUCCAACCGCUCUUCUUGCGCUCCUUUCGGUUCCACAGGAACAGCAAAAAACACCAUACCCUUCUACAAUGUCCUAUGGGCCGAGCUCUCCAACAACUACAUCACGGUCGACUACGCCAUUCACACUUCGAAGACGUUAAUCAAGCCUGGGCAAUGGAGUUUCAAGCUUGCUAAAGAAGACGAAUUGACCAACGAGCCCCCUGCCAAGGUCUUUGUCGAAACCCUGUUGUCGCGCGCAUACGGUGAUGCGCCACCAGCGAAACGCGCCUAUGUGCUUAUCAACCCGAACUCCGGGCCCGGGGCUGCUAUCAAGCAAUGGGAAGAUGAAGUGAAGCCUCUUUUCGAUGCUGCGAAGAUGCAGCUUGACGUCGUUAUCUUGAAACGAGGUGGUGAGGCCGUUGAGCUGGCGCAAAACGCCGACUUGUCGAGGUAUGAUACCAUUAUGGCAUGUUCCGGCGAUGGAACGCCACAUGAGAUUUUCAACGGGCUUGCAAAGCGACCUGACGCCGCGAGGGCACUGUCUACAAUGCCCGUGAGCCACAUCCCCUGCGGCUCGGGCAAUGCAUUCUCGUGCAACCUGUACGGAUCUCAUCGUCCUUCCUUCGCCGCCCUUGCCAUCAUUAAAGGCAUUGUGACCCCAAUGGAUCUGGUGUCGGUCACAUCUGGUAAUAACCGCAUCAUUUCGUUCUUAUCCCAGACGCUGGGUCUCAUCGCCGAGUGUGAUCUUGGCACAGAGAACAUGCGAUGGAUGGGCAGUGCGAGGUUUGAAGUCGGCGUUGUGCAGCGCAUGUUCAAGAAGAAGUGCUAUCCCUUUGACCUGGCUGUUAAAGUAGAGAUCGAGGACAAGAGCGACGUCAAGGCACAUUACAAGCAUCAUGCGAGCACGACGAGCUUGGCCCAACUGGCUAAGAGUGUUGAGGCUGGGAACGUGAGUGGCGAUGUUGGCUUGCCUGAGUUGAAGUAUGGCACGAUCCAAGAUGAUCUUCCUGAAGGGUGGGAGCUGAUUCCUUAUGACAAGGUCGGCACGUUCUAUGCCGGUAACAUGGCAUACAUGUCACCCGAUGCUCCUUUCUUUGCCGCUUCACUGAUUUCGGAUGGGCUGAUGGACCUCGUCACUAUUGAUGGCGACUUGCCUUUUCUCACAGCAAUCAAAGUUCUCCUAGAUGUCGAAGCUGAAAGAUUGUUCGACAACCCUCAUGUCACGUACAAGAAGAUUUCGGCGUACCGUAUCAUUCCACGUGACCAGGACGAUGGCUACAUCAGCAUUGACGGCGAGAAGUGCCCCUUUGGACCGCUCCAGGCUGAGAUCCACCAGGGUCUUGGAAGGGUCAUCUCAAAGGCCGGCAAGUAUGAGGCUUCGGGGCCAGCCGGCUGGGAUAAGGUGACGCUGGCGGAUCGUAUUCAUGGUUGA